UCUCUAGGAAAAGCAAGGGUCCCGCGGUCUCUUGGGGUAUAAAGUAAGUGCUAGUGGCCAAGUAUUACUCUUUCUCCGUGUCUCUCGCUGCCAGCAUGAAGGAUUUGGUCGUUGUCGCCGCCGCACAGCCGACCUGCAGUGCCGCGCCGACCAAAAACGGAGUCUCCAAAGCAGCGGCGACACCGACGACCGACGAGGCUGCUAAGAACGGCCAUGAGCACUGCACUUUCCACCACGACAUGGAGCUGGACCACCGGCCGCCGACCAGGGAGAGCCUCCUGCCCGACAUGUCCCGCUCGUACCGCCUCCUACUGUCCAGUCUGGGCGAGGACCCUGACCGCCAGGGACUGCUGAAGACUCCGGAGCGUGCCGCCAAGGCCAUGCUCUUCUUUACCAAAGGCUACGACCAGAGCCUGGAAGAGGUGCUGAACGACGCCGUUUUCGACGAGGACCACGACGAGAUGGUGGUGGUCAAGGACAUCGAAAUGUUCUCCAUGUGCGAACACCACCUGGUGCCCUUCUACGGCAAGGUGUCGAUCGGAUACCUGCCCAAGAAGAAAAUCCUCGGCCUGAGCAAGCUGGCGCGCAUCGUGGAAAUCUUCAGUCGCCGGCUGCAGGUGCAGGAGCGGCUCACCAAGCAAAUCGCCAUCGCGGUCACCAAAGCAGUGGACCCUGCAGGGGUGGCGGUCGUCGUUGAAGGAGUGCACAUGUGCAUGGUGAUGCGUGGAGUGCAGAAGAUCAACAGUAAGACGGUGACCAGCACCAUGCUCGGCGUCUUCAGAGAUGACCCCAAAACUCGCGAGGAGUUCCUCAACCUCGUCCAUUCCAAAUAGUAUCUCGGGCAUUCCCUUCAACGCAAGCAUUCUCUCUGUUAAAGUAGUUCGCUUGACCCACGACCGUUUACAUUCCAGUUGAAUUAUGUGGGACCACAAUGAGUACCUUUUGUUUUCAGAGCACGCUAGAUAAUUUGUCUCUACCACAACGAAUAAUUUGUAUGGUGCUCUUUUUGCUUUCAUGCCUUUUUGUGUUUUUACAUUUUAUAUAUUUAGUUUAGAACCGCCAAAAUGAUAUUUAUUUCAUAAUAGUAAUGAAACAGAAUGUGACUUUGAGAAUAUAUAUUUAUGAAAUGUUUACGUGGCUGCAGCCUUGCGUACCAUUCAAAAUUAAUUUUGAUACAAAAAUAAAACUUAAAACUGUGUUAUUCAAAGUUGCUACGAUAGAGCUUACCAAUUGUUGAUGAUUGGGACUUACUCAUGACAAUAAAACAUCAAUACUCCAAAUAUUCAUAAAUAA